AUGGCACUGGAGAACUUCCCCGUCUUUAAUCUCCACGCUGUCAAGGAUCGGCUCCAGCUUCAGCAAGCUGACCUGAACCACGAACAGAAUGACCAUCAGGUAGCUCCUCAGGUGCAGUACGACAACAGCUACGCAAACACCCAGUCCAACACCACACAACCCCCUGUGGGCCCAGGCCACACCCACCACCCCCAUCAUGCACCACACCAUGGCACGAGUACAUACAACCACCACCAACAACAAGACCGCUUACGACCACAGGAACCACAUCAACCGCGGGAACAACACCAACCACAGGAACACCACCAACCAGUUGUCGAUGAGGUGGCCGCCCUCCCCUACCCAGAUGCUCCUACUGUCCUCCCCGUCCCCCACAUUAUGGCGCUGGUCAUGUCCCAGCUGCAGCCAGUCCUGGAAGGUUUCAACCGCUCCCUUGAGCACCUGAGCCAGCGGGUAGGGGACCUGGCCCGCGACAUGGCUCAGCUGAAGCGCAGCCAACUAGAGGCGGAGCUACAGGCGGGACCCCCAGAGGGAGUGGAGGGGCCUCUAAAGGACAAACUGGACGAGGCCUUUCACCACAUCAGGGAGCUGAGGAGACAGGUGGAGAGCCAACACAGCGACAUGGAGAACAGGCUGCACGCCAACCUGACCAGCUUCAAGACGGAUGUCGACAUGAAGCUGAAACGCCACCAGAAGAUGCUGCAGGUCAGCCUGCAGACCAUGAACGCCACACUGUCUGAGCUGAAGUUUGACCAGGAUCAGAUCACAGAUGAUGAGCCGCAGUAUCGUCUCCCUCCACCCUCACCGCCUCCACCUCGACCACCGCCACCCCCCUCCAAUACCUUGACGCUGUGGGAGGCCAUCGAACGUCUGGACAACAUGGUGGUCAACAACACGGUGAAGGUGAACGGGCUGAUGGAGGAUGUGGAGGUGACAUCGGGUGACGUGCAGCAGCUCAGGCAGCACGUGAAGGAGCUGGAGAAGCUGAUCAGCAGCACAGCCCGGAAGAGCCAGAUCCUGUUCAUGGAGACGGGUCUGGAGGUGGAGGACGCCAAGGUGUCGGUGCUGCGGCGGGUGGACGAGCUGGCAGGAAACCUGACGCAGCAGGACCAGAGGCUGCAGGAGAUGGAUGUGGAUGUGGACUACCUGUACACCGUCCUCUACAAACACAACACCACCACAGACUGCGACUGCAAGGCCCUGAAAGCUGCUGUGGCCCGACUGGAGAGGGGUGUGGCCAACGUGACAGAGCUGGCCAAUGAGAACAGACUGGCCCUGGACGAGAACAGCGAGGGAGGGGUGGGGCAGUGGGGCGGAACUGGCGACUGGGAGCCUGCGGUGGAGACACUCCAACAUGGCCUUCAGAUGGUAAAGGAGUCUCUGACCUCGGAGCAGAUCAGGACCAGGACUCUGGACGUCGGUCUGACCCAGCUGAGCGACUCGGUCUCCGUUCUGACGGAAACCGACGUCAAGCUGAAAGCGCGCAUGGAGCACCUGUCGGCCUCCUUCAACUCGCUGCUCAAAGACGCCAUCCGGCACAGCGAGGUGCUAGAGCAGCUGCUGGGCGAGGAGGUGCUCGAGUUCUUGGACUGGCCUGUCCACGAGCAGGAGGCCAACUCGGUCCCGGUGCUGAAGGAGCAGCUGAGGCACCUGCAGGAACAACUAAGGGGACAUGAUGAAAGCAUCAAGACGCUGCAGGGUGGUGGGACAGGAGUCAGAGAGGAGGCUGCUGACCAGCCCUCCUCCUCCUCCAACCCCGUGCAGGACGACUGGCUGCCUGGCGACAUGAGGAGGAGUGUUGGUGGACUUGUAGCCAGGGAGCGCCAGCUGCUCCUCCAAGGGAGUGACCUGUGGAACUUGGAGAAGACUGUGGAAGAGCUGCAGCAGAAGCUACUCAGGCUGGAGGAGAGGCCCUGCCCCUGCUCCAACACCUCCACCAACAGGGAGGCGGCCCCUGGAGGCCUGGAGGCCAAACUGCAGGCGGAGGUGAUGUGGCUAAAGAGAGGGUUGGAGGAACAUCUGAGGGUCUUCAAGAACGUCUUCAGCAACGCCGAUAGGUUGGUGGGAGCUGAAGUCACACUGGACCUUGACAAGCUGUUUCAGCUGUUGAAGAACAAAGAUGACAAGAAAGACAGGAAGAGAGGAGGGCGGGGGGAGGAGCCUGGGAGAGGAGGACGCCACCGAAACAGGAGGGACUCCUCAGGUGUCGCCAUCCCAUCCAAUCAAUCAGAAGGCUCCCUGCUGUUUGUAACUGGAUCUCCUUUGAGCAUCUUCAAUAGCAUCAUCGUGUUUGAACCGUCUCUGAACCGCGGUCACAUCUACUCCGACAGCGGCACCUUCACGGCUCCAGUGGACGGGCUCUACCUGUUCCUCCUCACUUUAGACCUGAGGCCAGGCCCCGCCCACAUGGUCCUGAGGAGGGGGCAGGGGGACGGAGUGCCAGUGUCUCUGCAGCAGCGGAAGGCAGCGGAGGCGGGGCUUGUCACUGGCACCGGCCUCCUGUUGCUGAGAGAGGGCGAGGAGGUCUGCCUGGAACUGAAGGAGGGACAGUGGCAGGAGUCAGAGGACAAUGUGUUCGCCGGGCUGCUGCUCCACCGAACCUGAGCUGCUGUGGACCAAUUAGCUGACAGUCAGAGGACAAAAAACAAUCAAAGACUGUGGGGGCGGAGUCACCGGAGGUGUUGUGAAACAAAUUUCCAUGUUUAAUCCAAAGCACCUUACAGAGUCAUGAACUGGAUCAAACCUGUCUGUGAAUCUUUAGUUGUUUAGAUUCCAGCUCUACAGUUACACAAGAAACAAAAAUAAGCCUGCUAAAAUGAUCUUUUGGUUCAUUUUUUUUUAAAUUAGAACAGGAAGGACAAUUUUAUGUGUAUCUGUUUUGAUGUUGCAGAAACAAAUAGAAAAUACUGACUUCUUUCAAUAUAUGCCUACUGUCAAAGAUGCUACAGAACAAGAAAUAUAACCAAUUACCACAAAUAAGCCCAAAAAUGCUUAAAAACAGAUGUAAUAGUGUCUCAAAUAAGUGUAAAACAAACAAAAAGGCAUAAGAUGGGUAUUAACAAGUGAAAAGUCUUGUAAACAGGACCAUCAGACUACAAAUAUGCAAAAAACUGAUUAAGAACAACCAUGAGUACACACAAAACAAUUUUAAAAGAAGCAAACUGGCACAAGUAUGACCAGGAAUGGGCAGAGAGAGAUGCUGCAAGUGCAAAACAGCCAGAAAUGUAUGUAAAACAACCAUAAACUUACAAUUCUAUGAAAAAGAACCAUAAUAGACAUAAAACAACUCAAUGUAAAUGCAAAAGAAUUACAAAUGAACAAAAAAACCCAACCAGAAUUGAUAUAUUGAUGAACAAAAAAGCAAAAAAAAAACAACAACAAACAAACCCAACAGUCAUAAAAUCACGUCAAACAAAAAUAGACAGAAAACUACCACAAUGAGCAGAAAAAUACUACAUGAAGUGCAAAAGAAAACACCAAAUCAGUUGUAAAUACAUGCAAAAAUGUGACAAAUGAACAUAAAAUGGCAAUAGAUAUUGUCUAAAAGUGGAACAAAGAUGAAAAACAGACAUGGAUCAAUAAAAAACAACAGUGGUUGGUCAGUGCAAAACAAUAUUUGAUGCCAGUUUACACCCAAAAUGAAAUAAUCCAGUGAUGUUUAGUUUUAUAUAAAUAUGAGCUAAAAAAAAAAAAAAAAGCAGAACAUGAGCAGGUUUUCUGGAUUUGUUGAAAUCAAACAGUUAAAACACACUCAGACUUAAAAAAAAACAAAAAAAAACAUGCCAACUAACCCCCAACUAAUUAAUUUCAUACUAAACAACUGAAAUAAAACUUGCUGCAAAAUAUUUUUUUUGCAGUUUUCUGCCAGUUAGCUUAGCUCAGCAUAAAGACUGGAAAUGGGUGGAAACUGCUAGCCCGGAUCUGAUGCUGCAUUUACGUCACAUUUGAGCAUGAUGCUAUUAAACUGUUAAAAUGAACCAAUACUGCAGUUGUGGUUGACACUGAGUGGUUAACUCUCUGAACCCCAAGCAGUUUCUGUGUGGUUAUUUUUGCUUCUGUCACAUUUUUCCUCACUUUGGGCUCAUUUUUCACUGCAGUAUAAAGUCCUGCACCUCCAUGGAACAGAAUGAAGGAGAGAGAACUCAGAAAUGUCUUUUAGGCAGUAUGACACAGGUAUAAUGCCAUAAAUUAUGAGCAACAAAAAGCUAAAGUUGAAAUUCUUAGAUUAUUGAUUUUACAAAAAAUGAACAAACCUGGAAACAACAUUUUUCGAAGUGUCCACGGGCAAAAAUUGUGACUCUGCAUACUACUGAUAUUUUUCACUACCCAACAUUUUGAAUUAAAUUUCCUCUGAAUUUUUGUGACAUGAUUGUUGGUCACAUCUGAGUCAGACAUGGUUUCACUGUUCUGCUGAGAAGAGCAGAAUUUUGUGUUGUUUUACAAAAUUUGGUUGGAGUAAAGAGUUUAUUUUUGGUG